AUGUCCACUGCCAACACGCCCAACAUGGCGCCAAUUGCCAUUGUGGGCAUGUCGUGUCGUCUCUCGGGUGACGUCUCCACUCCCGAGGACUUCUGGACUCUGCUCUCUCGUUCGCGAGACGGAUGGAGCCCUGUGCCCGAGGACCGGUUCUCGAGCGAUACCUUCUACCACCCGAACCCGCAGAAGAAGGGUUGCUUUAACUUCAAGGGUGGCUACUUUAUGAAGCAUGACUUGUCUAAGUUCGAUGCGCCGUUUUUCCACAUUACCGCGCCAGAGGCGAUGGCGAUGGAUCCACAGCAAAGGCAACUGCUUGAGUGUACUUACGAGGCGCUCGAGAACGCCGGCAUGUCGAAAGAGUCCAUCGCCGGGCGCAACAUGGGUGUCUUUAUUGGAGGAACCUCAUCAGACUACCACCUGGGAACGCUGAAAGAACUUAAUCAGAUGCCCAUGUUUGAUUCAACGGGCAACCACCAGUCGAUCCAGGCGGGCCGUAUCUCAUAUUACUUCGACCUUCGGGGUCCUUGUUUUGCAGUCGACACCGCCUGUUCGUCUGGGUUGUAUGCGCUGCAUUCAGCCGUCCAGUGUAUCCGCUCCGGCGAGGCGGAUUCGGCCGUUGUAGCGGGCUGCAGUCUGCAUCUACAGCCCGAUGAGAUGAUCUCCAUUAUCUACAACGACGACGGCAAGACAUUUGCCUUUGACCACCGCGCCAAGUCCGGCUUUGCGCGAGGUGAAGGUGUUGGCUGUCUGGUCCUCAAGCCUCUGGACCAAGCCAUCAAGGACAACGACAAGAUCCGCUCUGUCAUCGUCAGCACUGGCAUCAACCAUGACGGAAAGACAGUUGGCCUCGCCACACCCAACGGCUCUGCACAAGAACAGCUCAUUCGUGAUGUGUACGCUCGUGCAAACAUCUCCCCCGAAGACACCGGCUUUGUUGAGGCCCACGGCACAGGUACCAAGGUUGGUGACCCUAUCGAGGCCGGUGCCAUCUACCGCGUCUUCGGGCCUGGGCGCACAAAGAGGUUUCCCCUAUACAUGGGUUCCGCAAAGACGAACUUUGGCCACUUGGAGAAUGCAAGCGGUCUGGUUUCCAUCAUCAAGGCGUCCUUAAUGCUUGAAAAGGGCUUCAUCCUGCCGAAUGUCAACUUCGAAAAGGCCAACGAAGCUAUUCCUCUUGACGAGUGGAAUAUCAAGAUCCCCCACACAACUCGGCCGUGGCCCAAGAACAAGCGCUUUAUCAGUGUCAACAACUUUGGCUUUGGUGGCUCCAACGCUCACGUAGUGUUGGAACGUCCUCCUCUCACAAUUUCAGACCUGCCACAGAGCUCCAAGAGCGAGGUCCCGAAGCUAUUCGUGCUGUCUGCCAACGACGAGGAGGCGGCAAAGCGCGUGGCAUCACAGCUCGGCGUGUACAUUGAACAGCACCCCGAGGUUUUCCAGAAGCGUCUCACCAGCGACAUUGCCUACACACUGGGUCAGCGAAGGACGCAUCACUCCUGGCGCAUUGCCCUCAUUGGUAAAUCGUGCGAUGACCUCGUCGUCUCUCUGAAUGGAAGCGGCGCCAUCCCUGCGCGAGCACCUACCAUAGAUCCCAAGGUGGCUUUUGUAUACACUGGUCAAGGAGCACAAUGGCCUCAAAUGGGCAGAGAGCUCAUGGAUACCAACCCCGUAUUCGCCAGCACUGUGACUGCUGCCGCGGCUCAUUUGAAGCAGAUUGGUGCGGAUUUCUGUCUUCUGGAGGAGCUGUCCAAGCCCGAAGGAGAGUCCAACAUGGACAAGGCACACAUUGCCCAACCCAUCUGCACAGCCAUUCAGCUAGGUCUCACAGACAUGCUGGCCAGGUGGGGUGUCAAGCCUUCUAUGGUCAUGGGCCACUCCAGUGGUGAGAUUGCUGCCGCGUACGCAACUGGUGCCAUCACCCUCGAGGAUUCCAUGGCAAUUUCCUACCAUCGUGGCCAGCUAGCCGCCAAGUUGAUGGCCAAGAACCCCGGUCUUCGCGGUGGUAUGCUUGCCGUUGGCGCUGGGGCUUCUGAGAUCAAGGGAAUCAUCAAGGUUCUUGGCCUGCAGAACAUCACCAUUGCUUGCGAGAACUCGCCGAACUCGGUAACGGCUUCUGGUGAUGAAGAUGACGUUGACAAGCUUGCUGCCGAGCUCAAGAAGCGAGAGACCUUCCACCGCAAGCUGCGAGUUGAUGUGGCCUACCACUCAGCUCACAUGCAGCUUGUGGCAGAUGAAUAUAUGGAGUCCAUCAAGGGCAUGACACCCAAGAUAAAGGAGGAGGUGACAUUCUACUCGUCUCUGCUCGGCAACAAGCUGGACCUCACAGCAUCGCUUGGUCCUUCAUACUGGGUUGAGAACUUGACCAAGCCGGUUCUGUUCUCUUCAGCGAUGCAGGAGCUUUACAAUGACGGAAAGCCUGACGUUAUUGUCGAGAUCGGCCCUCACGCUGCUCUCAAGGGCCCCAUCCAGCAGAUCCUGAAGAGCAUCAGCCAACAGGCGGCCACUGAGGUCAAGUACUUCUCCUCGCUCGUCCGCAAGCAAGAUGCUACCAACACAACACUCAAGCUGGCUGGAGACUUGUUCAUCAAGGGCCAGACUCUUGACUUCAGCGUCAUCAACUACACAGAGCCCGGUGCGCAGAAACCAUGCCUCGUCACUGACUUUGCUCCCUACCCAUUCGCACCGCACAAGUACUGGUUCGAGUCGCGAGCGAGCAAGCAGCAUCGCCUGAAGCCUUUUGGUCGCCAUGAUCUCCUUGGUGUUCUGGAGGAUACUUACAGCGAUUCUGAGCCUACUUGGCGCAACACACUUAAUCUCGAUGAUGUGCCGUGGCUUAAGGAUCACCGCAUGCAGUCUCUGCCGACCUUCCCCCUGGCUGGAUACCUGUGCAUGGCCGUCGAAGCAGCGUCUCAGAGGGCACAGUUGAGAGGCCUUACGCGAGAGCAGAUUGCUGGGUUCCGUCUUCGAGAGAUCCAAGUCUCCAAGGCGUUGAUCCUUGACCCAGCUGCUCAAUACGAGACCCUCUUUUCGUUGACCCCAUACGCUGAGGGAACUCGGUCGUACUCCAACGAGUGGGAUGAGUUCCGCAUCUCUUCAUGGACCGCCGCCAGAGGAUGGCUUGAGCAUUGCCGUGGUCUUGUUGGCGUUCGACGGCAGCGAAAUGCUAACCCUGUGAGCAACCCUCAGCUUCAGGCUGCAGCUGCUCAUCGCAAGCAUAUCAUUGAUGUGGCUGGGGCAGAGUUGUCGCUGGACGACUUCUAUACUGAGCUUGAGACCCGCGGAGCGGGCUACAGCGAAGCCUUCAAGUUCCAGCCUGGUUGUGGUCUCAAGGCCCAAGGAGAAUACUCCGCUGCCACCGUUGUGGUUCCCGAUACAGCGUCCUGUAUGCCCUCGGUACACGAGACGCCUUCUAUCUUGCCCGCGGCAUUCAUGGAUCUCUGCUCGCAGCUGAUGUUUCCCAUUCUCGGUGCUGGCCGCGGCGAAAUGCCAUCGCUGUUCAUGCCCUCGGCCAUCAAGGAGGUCGAAAUCACCAACAGCUUCCCCAGCCUGCCUGCUGAGAAGGUCCAGGUGGUCGUCCAUGGUCGCCCAGACUUUUCCAGUCCUGGACCUGUUGACUUCGUGAUCAGCGCCUGGGAUGAUGCUCACUCUGAACCAGUGGCCAAGUUUUCCGGCUUUAGGAUGACCCCAGUGUCUAGCGACAUAAUGGAUUGUGAGGUCUCGCGAUCUUUGUGCUACAAAGUCCAAUGGGAGCCUCUUGACAAGACCACCGAGGCUGGUUCCGAGGAAGAGAAUGGCCAAGUUGAGGAGACGAUUCAGUCAACUGGUGUCGAGCUCAAGGGCGAGGAGUUCGUCAUCAUCACCGACAAGACCGAGUCUGACCCGUUAGUAUUUGCCAUUUCCAGCAUCUUACAGGCACAGACUGGAUUCAAGCCUUCAGUCUCUACCAUGGCUGAAGUCCGGCCGUCAUCCACUGUCCGCUACAUCUGCUUGGCGGAGCUUGAUGCACCUCUGUUGUACAACAUGUCAGUCACCACCUUUGACCAGGUGAAGAACCUGCUUCUCACAUGCUCUUCGAUGCUCUGGGUCACCAGCGGUGCGUACCGCUUCGCUGAGAAGCCGGAGAACAACAUCGUUCAAGGCCUCCUCCGAACUGUUCGCUCCGAAAACAGCAAGGUUGCGGCGACUCUCGACCUGGAUCCCACUUCUCAGCCUCAGCUCGGUCCUUCAGACCAUGCCGAGCUCGUCUUGCGGGCUUUGGUGUCGUCGCUCGACACACCGGAGGAUGGUUCGCCGGUUGACUUCGAAUUCUCCGAAGACAACGGCAAGCUGGUGGUUCCCCGUGUCGUGGGGCAUGAGGACAUGAACCUCACCGUGUUCCGCGAGACGCAGAUCUCGGCACCUUACCUCCAAGACUUCGAGCAGCCUGGACGCCGCCUGAAGCUUACUGUUGGUACACUUGGCGCUUUGGACUCGCUAUACUGGAAGGAUGAGGCUGAUCUUCCUCUCCCCGCUGACGAUGUCGAGAUCAAGGUAACGGCCACCGGAAUGAACUUCAAGGAUGUUGUCAUUGCCAUGGGACAAGUUGCCAGCCCCUACAUCGGUGUUGAGUGCAGCGGUAUCGUCUCCAGGGUUGGAUCUAACGUCACAUCUCUCCGAGUUGGUGACCGUGUUUGUGCCAUGUCCCUGGGAGCGUACAGCACUUACACUCGCUGCCCAGCAACCAGCGCAGCUCUCAUCCCCGACUCUAUGAGCUUCGAGACUGCGGCUUCAAUUCCCGUCGUUUACAGCACGGCCUACUACGGCAUCGUCAACCUCGCCCGCAUGGAGCCCGGCGAGAGGAUCCUCAUCCACGCUGCCUCCGGCGGAGUCGGCCAAGCUGCUAUCCAGCUCGCACAGAUGAUUGGUGCUGAGAUUUACGCAACUGUCGGCAGUGCAGAGAAGAAGCAACUGCUGAUUGAUACUUACGGUAUUCCUAAGAACCGCAUCUUCUACAGCAGAGACACCGAGUUUGGUGCCGCUGUGAAGGAGGCCACUGAUGGCGAAGGCGUUGACGUCGUCAUCAACUCGCUUGCCGGCGACAUGCUGCGUGUAACAUGGGAGUGUCUCGCGCCCUUCGGCCGAUUUGUGGAGAUCGGUAAGAGGGACAUUACCUCCAACACGAGACUGGAGAUGGCCAAGUUCGAGCACAACUGCACUUUCAGUUCUGUUGACCUGACGCUCGUUGCUGCCAAGAGGCCCAAGAUCAUGGGCCGCGUCUUGACUGCUGUCAUGAAAUUGCUGUCCAAGAACACGAUCAAGCCCAUCGGCCCCAUCACCACCGUGCCCAUCUCGGAGGUCGAACUCUCCCUUCGAAAGCUACAGAGUGGUAAGACCUCUGGCAAGGUCAUCGUGAGCCACACCAACAACGAACAAGUCAAGGCCACUCACCCAAUUUCAUCCGGUGACCUCCUUCGAGGAGAUGUCACGUACGUGAUCAUCGGUGGAACUGGUGGCCUUGGUCGCUCCAUGGCCAGAAAGAUGGUCCAGCGUGGAGCUCGCCACAUCGUCCUUUUGUCGCGCAGUGGCAAGGCUACCACUGAGUUGGGCAAGUUGAUCAAGGAGAGCCAAGCUGUUGGAGCGACCAUCCACGUCAAGUCUUGUGACGUCGCCGACGAGGCCAGUGUAAAGUCUCUUGUGGCCGAGCUGCAGCGAAACUUGCCUCCCAUCCGUGGUAUCAUUCACGCUGCCAUGGUGCUCAUCGAUGUCCUCUUUGAGAAGAUGACGUUUGAAGACUACGAGAAUGUGACUCGAUCCAAGGUCAACGGAGCGUGGAACUUUCACAAUGCUCUUACUGAUACCCCCCUGGACUUCUUUAUCGUCCUGUCUUCGGUUGCUGGUAUCGUUGGUAAUAGAGGUCAAGCCGCGUACGCCGCUGCUAAUACCUUCCUUGAUGCCUUUGUGCGCUACCGUGCACGCCAGGGUCUGGCAGCAUCUUCACUAGAUCUUACAGCUGUCGACGGCGUUGGUUAUCUGGCCGAGAACACAGCCCGACAGUCGCAAGUCCUGAAGAACCUUUCAGGAAACACCCUGAACGAGUCCGAGGUUCUGGCUCUAGUCGAGGCCGCAAUAGAGGGCAAGGUGACCUCCACUUGCGAUGGCCAGUGUAUCACUGGGUUGAACUUUGAGAACCCAUCAUCUCUACCAUACUACGCUUCGGACGGAAAGUUUUCUCACCUCCGCAGUGCUGCACUCGCCAAUUCCUUGAAUGCCGACGGCGCAGAUGGAGCAAACUUGUCCAUCUCGCAAGAGCUUCAGCAAACCACCGAUGAGGAGGAUGCUCAUGAGGUGGUGACUCUAGGGAUCCAGGAGAAGCUGGGCGCCAUCUUGAUGCUGCCUCCGGAGGUCAUGGCCGCCGAGCAGGGAAAGUCAUCCAUAACUGCCCUGGGUCUAGACUCGCUUAACGCUAUUGAGUUGAGAAACUGGAUCGGCAAGGAGCUGCAAGCUCACUUGCAAGUGUUGGAGCUUCUGACGAGUGGGACCAUGAUAGAUUUGUCAGCUUUGGUGUUGAGGAAGACAACUCUGAAGGGUGUGUGGACGAAGAAGGAAGAGGCUUAG